AUGUCUCCAUUUGAAAUGAUCCUGCAUCACAGACAUACUGCCUUUGCAAAUUGGGCAGCCGGAACUCCGGACGAAGCGCGCAGAGUGCGUGGGAGCCAGAGCACGGCCCCAUCACCCCCGAGAGCCCAACCCACAAACAGGAGGCGUGGUGCCCAGGGAACCAGGGACCACCGCCCCCACGCAGCCAAGCCGGCCAGCGACAGGAACCCCAGAGCCCGACCCACCGUACCGCCCACAAGGGCCAGCAGCAGGCCGCAGACAGACGCACCCGGCAGAGGACAGGGCACGAGAAAAGCAGGGGACAGCCAGACCCCAAGCCAGCGAGAGACCACACCCCACACGGGCAGAAAGGCGAGACGCCCCGCCCGAGGGACCCAGAGACUCCCCGCAACCGGACGGGAAGACCGCCCCCGCCCCACCGGCAACCGGGCCCCCACGAGCCCACCCCCCACCCCCGGAGAGCGCGGCGAGGCCAGCCCCCGGCCACCCCACCCAAACCGGCCGCCGCAGGACCACCCAGGCACAGGGCCACGGGAACCACCCACCCCACCCGCAGGGACCCCAACGAUGGAGAUGGAACAACCAGCAACCGCCCCGACCAUCAAGGAAGGACAUACUUGA